UUCUAACCAGCCACAAAAAAAAAAGUGUGAAGAAAACUCACAAUCAACUAGAAUGUGGAAAGCCAGAUAUUAUUAUGAUUUAAUAGGUGAACAUGAUGAAUUUGCUAAGCGUAAAGUAUGUUCCAAUAAUCGAAAAGAGAAAAUGUUUAAACAUAAUAACUCUACAACGAUUAAAGGGAAAUUAAGUAGUUGA